UGGCUAGAUGUAGGAUUAUCCUAGUAGAUAUGUUACAUUUCUACUCUGUAUUACAUCUUGACGUUUUUUGCUGAGGGACCCUCUGCAGAAGAGAGCUGACCUGAGAGAGGGAUAUGGACGAGAGGGGGGGCCACCCCCAGGCCCACUGGCAGAUGAUGGGGGGGAACUCUGCUCGACGAGGCAGGAAAAAGAUGGCACCUAGAAGAGUAUUUUCUGCAUGUGGUGAUGUCACUCAAGACCAGCUACAGACGCUCCUGCAAUUGGAUAAGGACAGGGUAAUCAGUGAACUGAACAGGUCAGACAAAAAGUACUUAAGAGCAAAAGGCAAGAUGCUGUCCUGGAACCGUAAUCUCUAUAGGAUCUUGUUCACCUUCACUGAGCAUCGCCUCUUUGACCAGUUCAUUCUCUUUGUCGUCCUGCUCAACACCGGUCUCCUAGUGGCUCAGACCUACCAAAGCAUUGCUAUCAGGACAGGAUGGUUUAUGGCAGCCCUGGAUGGAGCCUUCAUUUCGAUCUACUUGAUGGAGUUCGUACUGAAGUUUAUGGUCUGGGGUUUUCUAUACUUCAAAAAUACAUGGAAUAACAUAGAUUUCUUCAUCAUCCUCAUCAGCAUGAUUGAUUUUGCAUUGCCAUUUAUUCAAACUGGAAGUUUGAAUGAUCAAGCCGCGGCCGUGUUCCAGUUCUUAAAAAUCUUCAAAGCCAGUCGCGCCAUUCGAGCCUUCCGAGUCCUCCGCACCAUCAAAUUUCUCCAAAGCCUGAUGACCAUCAUCUCUACGUGCAUCCAGUCCUUCCAGUCAAUGGGGGCCAUCAUCAUCCUCAUGUUCACCUUCCUUCUCAUGUUUGCUGUCAUCUUCCGCGAGAUGUUCAGCCAAACGGACCCCGAGCACUUUGGCAGCAUGUUCCGCACCAUCUUCACUCUGUUCCAGCUGCUCACUCUAGACGACUGGUCCUUCACAUACUCUAUCAGCAGGGACAGAGGAGCACCACACAUCAUCAUCUUCCUCAUCCUCUACAUUGUGGUGGAGUACUUCACUUUCCUCAAUUUGUUCAUGGCCGUGUUGGUAGACAAUUUCCAGCUGAAGAUUAAGAAGAGAAUGUUCACCAAGUUUCAAGCGUUUCAGGAUGCGUUUGAGGAAGAGUUGGAGUCCGUCAGAAGAAUAGACAAGAAAAAUGAUGCACCUCAAACUGAUGAGGAGUUUUAUCAGGAAGCCCUGGCGCUGGCCUACCCCGACCACAAAAACGCUCAAAGGGAGGUGGAAUGCAUCUGCAACUAUCUGAAGCUUCUGACAGCGGUUGAACAGAGCCAGCAGACAUUCUGGUCCCAAGCUGCUGUGAUGGACAGAUUCACAGACGCCUUCUUUGAUGCUGGCGACGAGGUUGAAGAGGACUAAAGCAUAUACCUUUUUGAUUUAUUUCAAUGGAAAUGAGAAAACUCAUUAGAAAUUUAAUUUUCUAGUUUUGAUCAUUUAUUAUUAUUUGGAGGGGAUCUGCAGAGACGCCCGCUGUUAUAUCAGUUAUUAUAGCUAAAUAAAAUGCACAAGUCAAGAUUUCAA